GGGGCCAAGUGAGCCCGGUGCGAAAGGGCCGCACGACAGACAAAGUAGAGACCCGCGCUCGUACUCACGCGUUUUUUGCAAUGCCGUUUUUCACUGCACCGUUUCACGCUGCUGUCUCUGUCGAGUCAAUGCUUGGUGAACUAGAGGAAACGAGACGAAAUAUUUUUUGAUAUUAUGUAAACGAUGGCUUUGUCGCAUCAGUGGUUCAUACAGUGGUCUUCACCGCCUUCGCUGUUUGCGGAUAUUAACAGCCGGUACAAAAGUGUUAACACCUGGAACAAUGGCAAGCCCGACUGGGCUUGGGAAGUGACUUUACAAAACAGUGAUAACGGCUACGAGUUAUCGGAUUACAGGCAACAUGUUGACGAAAACAAUUUUGGAUAUAGUGAACAGACUAAUCCUAAGAAAAAUGAGGCGACCCGCGCGGCUGGACUGGCGCUAUGGCUGACCAUGCUGGGAGUAGCGCGCGCGCAGAGCAUACCAGCCGACACGGAGACGCCGCCUUUCAACACACUCUACAAGUGGAAGCAUGUAGACUUCGAAUUCCCCUCGGCUAGACACCGUAGGCAGGCAAUAGCUGAUGGAAAGUACAUUCCAGAGAAUGUUCUUCCCCUGGGCUUAGAAGUGUGGGGCUCACGGGUGUGGGUCACGCUGCCGAGCUGGCGGAAAGGAGUGCCCGCUACCCUGGCCACGGUGCCGAGAAACGGCGGCAUGGCCUCGCCGCCUCUUACGCCUUAUCCUGACUGGACUUAUCAUAGAGCUUACAACAAUGGACAAAACUGCACUGGGCUAACAUCAGUGUUUCGAGUGAACGCAGAUCCAUGCGGAAGAUUAUGGGUCCUGGAUUCCGGACAAAUAGAUUCACAAGAUAAGCCUAGACAGAUCUGCCCUCCAAGCAUUGUGCUGUUCGAUCUAUACUCUGAUAAAAUUAUUAACCGUUUUGUGAUUCCCAAAAAAUAUGUUUUGCAAGACUCCUUGUACUCAAAUAUUAUAGUCGACACACGGACGCAAGAUUGCUCUGAUGCCCACGUUUACAUAGCCGAUACUUGGCGUUUCGGCCUCCUAGUCUUUAGAGAAAAAGAUGCACAUUUUUGGAGAUUUUCACAUCAUCUGUUCUACCCUGAUCCUUUGGCAUCCAAUUUUACACUUCAUGGUGUCAACUUUCAAUGGGCAGAUGGAAUAUUCGGUCUUGCACUGAGCCCUAUUGGUCAAUAUGAGGAGCGGAUUUUAUUUUUCCAUUCUCUAUCAAGCUACAGAGAGUUUUAUGUAUCAACAGCGGUUCUUCAAGACCCUUCAAGAACAAAUAGUAGUGCAUCAGAGUUUAAUCUAGUCGGUGAUAGUAGAGGUUUAGCUGGGCAAUCAUCCGCAUCAGCCGUUGAUAGGCGAGGCGUAAUGUUCUACGGACUCGUCUCGAGAGACAGUAUUGGAUGCUGGGAUUUAAAGAAACCGUACCAUAAAAGGACUAUCGGAGAGGUCGCGAAGAAUUCUGACACUCUCGUAUUCCCUAAUGACAUAAAAGUUGAUCAGGAUGAGCAACAAAGUGUGUGGGUAAUAUCGAAUAGACUGCCGAUGUUCCAAGCGGGCCCAUUGGACCCGGACGAUUACAACUACCGCAUUUUGUACGCAGAUACCGCGGAGGCUGUGAGGGGUACAGUCUGUGAUCCUGAAGAAUCAACACUGUUUUAGAGCCAUACUUUGUUACUUAUUUAAAUGAAAAAUAUUGUUUUUGUAAAUACAUCUGGUACUGUAAAA